GUGAGCCUCUCUGCUCCAGUCUGCCCCCUGACACGGGAUUUCCGGUUCCGGCCCCAUUGUUGCAAAGCGAUGGCGGCGCGGGCUGGCUUCCAAUCGGUGGCUCCGGGGGGAUCCGCGUCAGCAGCGGCCGCUUUGGGGCCCGGGACACCCGGUCCGCCGGUUCGCAUGGGUCCCGCCCCGGGGCAGGGGAUGUAUCGAUCCCCAAUGCCUGGAGCCGCUUACCCGGUAAGGGAGAUGGGAUGGGGGAGGGGAUCUAUCGGGGGGAGCGCAGGAGGGGGCUGUGGGGGGGUCUCAGUAUUUAAUAUUAAGUGAUAUUAAACUCUCUCACUCAUUAUCCAGCCACAGCGACCUGUACAGGGAUGGAGGGCAACGUGUGUGCGCCUUACACACCACCAACUAUCAAUCAAUGAAUGGGGUGGGGGAGGGGGGCAAUCAAUGGCUGGAGGGAGCCCUGACACAGGAUGGGUGGGCUCUGAGUUAUCAUCUGUCCAUAUAAAUUACUAUAGGUUAUUAUUAUUAUUGGUAUUUAUAUAGCGCCAACGCGUUCCACAGCGCAGGACAAUAUUAAGUGGGAAAUUUUAAAAAUUUAAAUGAGGCCAUUACUAAAUAUUACAGGAACAGUAGGUCGACGAGGACCCUGCUCAAACAAGCUUACAGUCUAGAGAUAACUGACAUUGUUGGACGAUUAAUGGACAGUUUCAGUAUGUUAGGCCAAAGUACGAUUUCAAAUAAAAUUCUAGGUCCGUUAUUCUUUUCCCAUAAAUAUCUAUUCUUUACAAUCCUCUGUGUCCGCAAUGAUUAGGACAGACAUGGUCUCAUUUUAUUAAUGACCUUCACUAAAAUCAUUGUAAAGAUAUUCAUACUGCAGGGAAAUCUUUAAUACUUUAAACGUGGAAAGACCUGCAUGUAAUUAAUUUAUCCUCUGUUUGAAGAAGUGUUUUUUUUUUCCUAUCAAUAUUGUUCUUUCCCUCCAGGUGACAGAUGCAGAUACCGACACACUAUGCUCUGUUUGUGCGUAAUACAAACAUAGCGAUGGAUGGCUUACCAUUUUGUUUCCUCGGCUGAUACUUUGCCAUUUCUUUUUUUACUUGCUGACUACAGAUUUUGAGAAAUUCAAUAAUACAUAGAUCUUGUGGCAUCCCAUGUGUCCUUUGUUUAGAUUGGAUGUAUAUUACAGUAAUAUUGAUUUUUGGCAGUUUUCGUUCCCUGUUGGAAGAUGUUGUUUUUAAUUAAUAUCAUAAAUUUAAAAGCAUGCAAUAUGACUGCUUUCCUCAUUUUCUAGUUCCCGAUUAACUAAUCAACCUCCAUCAUGGUGAAUAACUAUAUAUAGUAAAAUUGACCAGCAGCUAUCAAUAAGAGUAAGACUUUACCUCACCUGGGUAGUAAGCUCAUUUGAACACUAAUCCUGAUAACUAACCUCUUAUAAUGUUUUGGUACAGCCCCACACUACAAUUAUAAAGAACUGCGAAAUACAUAAGCUAUAUAUAAAUGCAAAUAAUAUUACCUCAUAUUAAACAACAUAUGCAGUGGUAAUUGUGUCCCCAUAAUGUUUUCAUUUUGAAUACUAGCCAGCAGAUAUACAAAGUUGUUGUGGUGUGAAUAUUUGUACUGGUGAAGUUAAAUGCCAACAUCUGUGACGCUUGUCUGACUUUUUGUCUGUUGUCUUUGACAUUCAAGUUCCUUAACCUCCAAUUCUCCCUUCUUCCCCUCAAUACUACGACAAAAGUCUAAAACAUUAAUGUUCUGCUACAGUUGUUGCCAAAAAACAAGUUAAGUGUAAACAAUUUCAGUAUUUUAUUUAUAUAGCGCCAUCAGAUUCCGUAGCACUGUACAAAGUACUGUUCUCAGAUAACUUUCAAAGUUAGUUAAGUAUUUAUAGUCUCUCAAUAUAGAUUGACAGAUUAUACAUCUAAAUAAACCCAUAAAAAUAAAUUAUAGGUGCACCCAAAACUGUCUUGUAUGUAACUAAUAAAAUAAAUCAUAUUAAUAAAAUAAACGUAAGCUUUAAUUAGAACUUUUAUUUUGAAAGACACGUAAUUAGGGCAUUUCUCCUAUAUGUCAUACAAAUAUAAACUUGCACACACAAAUCAAGAAAUAACCACAAUUUAAAAUACCCACAAUUUUAUUAUACUGCUAAAUAUUUUCCAAUGGUUUCACUAAACACCAUAACAACUACAGUUUAUUGCAGUCAUAAUGGUGUAGAAAGGCUUGGAGCUGUCCUUUUCCAGUGAUAGACUGUAAGCUCUGAAAUAUCUUAGCCCAUGGUAAAAUGGUUUUAAAAAGAGGGUUGGCAGCACCUAAAGAUUCCUUGCAGUAUGACAACACUAGGCUCAAGUGGGUUUAGUGCUUUGUAAAUCUUGAAAUCUGUUUUCAAAAUAGAGAGCACAUUUGUAUUCAUCUAGCAUACUGCAACAAAGGCAGUAUACUGACCUUGUGGACAAAGUGAUUAUCUGGAGGAUGUGUUGAGGUCUGUACAACCUAUAUUCAAAUACCACAGUAGGAAGAUUUUAUUUUUAACUUUUCAUUCUCUGCUAGUGGUGGUUGUUGCAGAAUCAUAUUGUUUUGGUAGCUAUUAGAUGCUUCAAACCUGUCUGUACUUCAUUAAGAACAGGAAAAAAUUAAAUUGGAGCCAUAUAUCUACUUACACCAGUAGCGGAAUAACUAGUGAAAGUGCACUGAUACUUCUCUCAUUUUGAUCGUGCUUUAGUAUUUGAAAUUGUUAUAAAUAUUUAUUUUUCCCCCCCCCCCACCCCCAUUUUAAUUAUUCCCUUGGUUUUGUUUUGUGUAACUCAGAGAAAGUCUUUUGCAACACCUAAUAGUUGACAUCAUUCAUUUUUUUUUUUUUUUUUAAAGAGUUUAAGUUUGUCAAAUUGCACUGCUGUCAGAUGCAUUUGAGGGUAUGCUAAUGCAGUGCGUGUCUGCCUGCUCACUCAUUGAUUGCAUUCAAAGCAUCAUUUGAGUUGUAGUUCUACAACAUCUGGCCAUUUACAUUUUUGCCAUUCCGGUCUUAAGGCAUCCUUCCAGUGUCAUGGGUUUAAUGAAUGACCUAGCCAAUGAAGAUAACCAGAAUACAGCCCCUCUAAUUUGUUUACUAAGAUAUAUUGGUUCUGUUGAUGACAUAAAUCUUUAUUUUCUGUAGCGACCUGGAAUUAUUCCAGGCAGUCGAAUGACUCCUCAGGGACCAGCUAUGGGGCCUCCAGGUUAUGGUGGAAGUCCAGCUGCGCGACCUGGCAUGGCCCAGUCAGGAAUGGACCAAACCCGUAAGCGACCAGCUCCACAGCAAAUUCAGCAGGUGCAGCAGCAACAGGCUGCUCAGAAUAGGAACCAUAGGUAAAUAGUUUUUGUAUAUAAAAAUGCAACAUCAGUUGUGGUGUUUACAGUGUUUCUAAAUAGUUUUGAAGCAAAUUGACAAAGCAUUCUUCUUGGCACACCUGCAGUUGUUCAGAUAAUGUAGAUUUUUAGAUCAACAUUACAUAUGGCAGUAGUAUUGUAGCAAAUGCAAAAUUCUAUUUUAUUCAUGCUUGAAUACUAAAAUUCUCAUGUUGUAAAACAUUUUUAUUUACUACUGGACAUCAUAAGCAAUUUACAAAAUUUGUAAUGGGUGCGUUUUUUGUAUAUUGUUUUCAAGAAAACGAGUAAAAUGCGCACACUAAAAAGGGGGAUGCUUACUGCAGGGUGCUCUAGAAAGGGUGGUGGGGGUCAUCCCUGGAGACAUCAAAUAGAAGAAAAGAACAGACAAACCUGAAGUUUCUUCUAAAAUGGCAGUUUUUUUAUUGGUAACAAAACAGUGGAUACUUGUAAAAUCGCCACUCACUUUUUUAAAUAAAAGACUGUAUUUUAGAAGAAACCUCAGGAGUGCAUGGAUGUUUUUAUUUUCUUGCAUUUUUGUAUAAUGUCUGCCUAAAAUAUGUUUGCUGACUAUGUAUUGGUAGUUGGCUCUUUUGUAUUUGACACGUGGUAGGCUUGGGUACCUGGUAAUCUUUCUAUAGCAGCCACUUAAAUUUAAUUGGUUAAACAGCAAACAUUGUAGCCUCAAAUUUUAAAUUUCCAAAUUUUUGACUAUAGUCAAGAUGUAUACAUUUUCCGUAUUUGUUGUUUUAAAAAAGAUGAAUGACAAUUCAGUUUUAAUGUCACUACAAUAAGGUGUUAUUCUAGUUUUAACUUUCUUCUAACACAGUAGGAUGGUUCUGUUUGGUAUCCUCAGGUUUAUUUUAAUUGAUACAUAUAUACAUUUUUUAUUUUUUUUACUUGUUUGGUUUUAGUGCUAAGAAGAAGAAGAUGGCAGAUAAAAUUCUACCUCAGAGGGUAAGUACUAUAAGAAAUGAGUGAAAUAAUACACGUGGGGGAAUAGCAGGAGUAAAAGUCAUUGCUUUUAUAGUUGGUGAUGGUUUGUAAAGCUGAACGUGUUAUGGUUGUUUGGUUUUUGUUUUUUUUUAGAUUCGGGAACUGGUACCUGAAUCUCAGGCUUACAUGGAUUUACUGGCGUUUGAGAGAAAGUUGGACCAAACGAUUAUGAGAAAGCGUCUUGAUAUUCAAGAAGCAUUGAAAAGGCCGAUCAAGGUAUUUAUACACAAAACACGUAUAUGACAUGUGACAAACUCGGAAACGGAAAUAUAAUUUCUAUAAUAAGUAGUUUAAUUUAAUUUUUUUCCACAGCAAAAAAGGAAACUUCGGAUUUUCAUUUCCAAUACUUUCAAUCCAGCAAAAUCAGAUGUUGAAGAUGGUGAGGGAACCGUGGCAUCAUGGGAACUACGUGUAGAGGGACGACUUCUUGAGGAUGUAAGUAUACUGCUGUAAGCCUAUAUAUGGGCUGAUUAGUUAUUGCUGGGUACAUUGCGGGGCAAAUAUUUGCAAGUGAUAGGUGUGUCGUGACGGGUGCAAUGAUUCCAUAACUGCUGUUGCAAGGCACUUGUCGGAGGCUGUUGCAUAGUGUGAGGCUGGUUCAAUGAAGGAUGAUCGUAAAAAGCUCUAAGACAGUGCCCUUAUGGUAGAUCCCAAGUUGUUUUAAAACGACCGCUUCCACAAUGCUUUGUUAUUAUAAAGCCUUCUAAAGACGUGCAAAGCAUCAAGGGAGUUGUAGUUCUAUAACAUCUGGGGAUCUACCUUUUGGCCACCCCUGCUCUGAGCUAUAUGACGUCUACGCAGGUGCAUGUACUGCCUGUGAUUGCUGAUUGCAUCCCAUGACCUAAUCAGUGACAUCGUGAGGUAUGUAGUUCAAUUGCACAUGUGCAAUCUAGUCUUGGUGUGGGUCUGGAAAGUUAUUUUUUUAAAAAGCAGCCUUUUCUGUCUGCAGAAUGAGACCACUGUCUAAAUGGAAACUUUUUUGAAUGAGACAAUUGUCGUAAAAAUGUCAGUCUCCUCCCUUCCCGCCGCAUCUGUUUUACAAAAGAGUUCUCAAAAAAAUAAAAAUCUGCAGUUACUAUGACAAAAGUAGCAGUUGCUUGGACAGAAGGGUUAUCAUACUCCCACUACCUAGGUUAUUUUGUUAUUCAAGACCUUAAAUGACAUGCAUUACUGUUUAUAAAGAAAGAUUGAAAAAACAAACUACAGAACAAACAUAUCCUCCAUACUGCAAUGUACAUGGUUUUACUAACCAAAGUACAAGUGAUUAAGACACAUUGAAUGAUGUCAUGAUUGAACUUAAUUACAAUUUAAGGGUGUUCCUCAUAUACAAGAGCAUUUAUAUAAUAAUGUAUUUUCUAGCCUCUUGUAUAGGAGAAUGUCAACUUAUGAGUUACAGUAGUUACCAUUUGGUAUGUUUAAAUGACCCCAAUUUGCAGUUGCCCAUGGCUGUGCUACUAUAAGAACCUCUGCAAGUCACUUAAGCACUUGAUGUUCCUUGUGGUAUGUCAGCUACUGCAAUGCAUACACUUCCCCCUUACUGUACAUUAUUUGUAUAAGUGUAUGCACAUUUGCGCACACACAGUGUGAAGUUCUUAGUGAGCCAAGCUAAGCCACAAGUAUUAACCUUUCAGCUACUUUAAAGAAACUUCCAAUUUGCUGUCAGUAAAAAAAUAAAACAUUUUUUGUAAAAUUUAAAAAAAUAAGUGUGAGCCCUGCAUACGUUUUAAGAACAUGGAUCAAAGUUACUACUGAUGGGUGUAUCCAAGAUUUGAGAAUAUUUCUCAGUAAGUUUGUCAAUUAUAUCGUUUUGGUGCCAGGAGUCCACUGACACAACCUUACGAUUAAAUGUUAAACCAGCGGUUCCCAAACUGUGUGCCCUGGGGCGCCGCAACAGGCACAAAGGGGUGUCAUGGAAUGUUUCCCCGGUGCCAUGAUUAUAGCACAGGUGAAAUAUUACUGCUGAACAGGGGCCCGGCCUGCUGCUGCGGUCCUUUAACUCCACGGCCAGGCACCUGUAAUAUCAGACGGCUGGGAGGAAGUGACAGCCUGUCACUUCCUUUCAGCAUCAUGCAGGGAGACUGCGCGAGAGGGAGGGGAGUGGAGCACAAAGCAGGACUCCAAGCCCCCCUCCUGGACACACAAGGUGGUAAGCCAACAGGUGGGUUGCUGGAGAUAUAAAAAAAGUGUAUGAGUGUGUGCGCGUGCACUUGUGUGUCAGUGUGUGUUUUUAUUUCAGUGUGUACAUACAUCCAAGCAGUCGUACACCAACACAACAUCCAAACACACCCCUGCAUAUAAACUCCAAAAUUAUACAAACUUGCCCCUUCACUCAAACACAAAUACGUCAUACAAAUGUACAUCCGCAUUUAAAAGUGAACAUUAUAUUCAAACACACCCCUGCAAUCAAAGGCAAAUCUUACAUACUAACACACCACUAUAUUAAAACACUAAAACUAUAUACAAGCACACCUUCAAACACCAACACUGUACAUUACACUAUAGCCACAGUAAAUGCCGCAGCAAUGUACAGAUAUACAACCUAGACAUUUUGACUUGGGGUGCCUUGGAAAAAUAUUGAAGAAAUAUUAAGGGCGCCUUAAUAAAAAAAUAAAAAAAUUGUGGAACUUCUCAAAAGAAGACAUGUGUCUUCAGUCAUCCUGCUCUCCCUCUUCUCUUCCACUCUGGGCAAGUAAGAAACAUUAGCACAGGUAAUGAUAGACUGAGAGUGACGGCUGACGCUCCUAUCACUGUGAUAUAAAUGUAUGUAUAUUACACACCAUAGCAACUUAAUUGAGAUUAAGAUGGAAAGAUGCCUGAAUUAUCUCUUUAACAUGUUUACUUUCUUAAUGCAGUACUUAAAAUUUCAAGUCCCAUGCUACUAGCCAGACAUUAAAGUUACUCACCACUGCAUACCUGGCAGUAAAUUUCCACUAGUAGAAUCCUUUUGUAAUGUAUUUUAAAUGUAAUUUAAUUAAGAGUUUGCAUGUUCCAGAAAAAUGUAUUUGAAUAUCUUAUGGCUCAUUAUGUCCAAUUUUUAGGCCUAUUUAGGAACAGAGGACUUGAAAUUUUCUGCCCUGAUCUUAUGUUGCAUUUAUUAAAUAUUUUCUUUUUUGCUAGCUUGUCGAAAGAUUUUUUUUUUAUUAUUAUUAUUUUCACCUCGUGUUUGUGUAUAUAGAGUAUAAUUAUCCUGUAGCACUAAACACCUCAUUUGCUACUGCUACAGAUAAUUACUGUGAUUGGUUACCUGGGAUCAUUAGUGAUUUGUUAAAGUAUUUCUUGUGAUGGAGAUUGCUUAUCAAACCUUUGCUUGAUCUAAUUCCAUUUGGGGCACAUUAAUCUUUAGUACCUUUCAAUAUAUACAGGUCCCAAGCCUCAUUUAGUAAUGCAUCGUUGUUAAAGUAAUUAAUUAAUACAGAUUUACAGCUUUGAUCUAGCUUUUUUUUUUUUUUUUUCAUCGGUCUAGCACUGUUUACAGUGAUACUGCUUUUUUUUUGGUUCUUUUUCAGUGUAGUCUUGGGAGGUUUGCAUUGUGUUGUUAGGUUUACAUGUAUAGCCAUACUUGAAUUAAAAGUAUUCUCUAGGCACUAUAAUCACUUCAUCAAAUUAAGUGAUUAUGGUAUUAAAGGUCCCUACAGUCUCAGACUUUAAUUCUGCAUCUUUCCCAUUAAACAGCGCUUUUAGGCUACGAUUCACUUGCAAGAGAUAAGCUUCAUUCUAGCCAAACUUACUUAUUCAUUUGAAUUAAUUGCCAAAUGGGAAUACCCAUCUUAAUGUUGAUACUUAAAAAAAAUAAAAAACACACACACAUUUUAUGAACUGCAUUCAACUUAAUGUAGCCCUAAAGUAAUUGUAUCUGUGGCAUACUUUGACAUGGAUUGAAGCAAGUGUGCCACUGCAAGGUUGUUAGGUGACACAGAUUGAUGGAGCGAGUGAUCAACUUAUUUUAGCACAGUUUAACACUUACCUUGGUCCCACUGGAGAUCUGUGCUGCAUCUGUUUUUCUCAGAUCUGGAGAAGCCAAAUGUAAAUGAUCCUUUUUUGUUCUAUACAGUAAUGGAUUCAACUCAUCCAUUGACUAAGGGCUCAGUACUAAAACAGAAUAACUGAUCUAAAUGAGACCACACCAGGGCAAUCCUUGUAUCCUCACACCUGCAGUGAGCUUUGGUGAAAGCUUAUUGCCAAUCAUAGACUGCUUGGUAUUUCAGGGGAAAUGUGGGAACUUCCAGUCUUUGUAUAUUUUGUUUUGUUUUAAUGUAUAUGUAAUGCUUUUAAAAAAUAUAUUCAUAAUUGAUGGUAUCCCUCACAUUGUUUUGUUUUUAUAAUGUUUUUGUUUUCUCUUGUUUCUUCAGGCUGCUUUGUCCAAAUAUGAUGCUACCAAACAAAAGAGGAAAUUUUCAUCCUUCUUUAAGUCUUUAGUCAUUGAACUAGACAAAGACCUGUAUGGGCCAGAUAAUCAUUUAGUGGAGGUAUGUUUCUGGACAGUUGUGUAUAGUGUAUUGUAAUGUACAUAGUUUUAGCUUUAUGUGCAGGGAGGGUCCCUGCUAUAAGCUGGGCCUUGCUUUUUUUGUCAGACAUUCUAUACAAUAAUGCACGUUUGAACUAUCAGAUAUUAGGCUUCUGUUUCCAGAACAUCCUACCAUUUCCUUGUAAUUCAGCAAAUUGCUGUCUGUUUCUAAAAUAAGAAAUGCAAUUUGAUUUUUUUGAACAAUUGCAUAAUCUAUAAAUUUGUAUCACAAUUAUAUGCUUCGUUCUUAUAAAAUAUAUGGCUCAUUACAGUGGCAUAGAACACCCACUACCCAGGAGACAGACGGGUUUCAGGUGAAGCGUCCAGGGGAUGUGAAUGUACGCUGCACGGUCUUACUAAUGCUUGACUAUCAGGUAUGUUUCACUUCUCCUCUCCAACUGCAAAUUUUAUUUGACAAGAAAUAUACCUUUAAAUUACCAACUACCAUAUUAGUUUUUCUACCUUGCUGUAAUGUAUUUUUUAUUUUUUUUUCUCUUUGGUCACAAAGUAUAAGAUUGGUGUUUCCUUGGUGUUCUGUACAUGUUUAAAUCUUAUUGUCUGGCAGGCUUGUGUGUGAGUUUUCCUACCUCCUGAUGUUGGGGAGGGAGGUAUGCUUUAAGCACAUAAUAUUAAGUCCUGCACAACUUGUUACAUGCAUCUCCUUUACUUAUCUCACUUCAGCCACCACAGUUCAAAUUAGACCCACGGCUGGCCCGCCUUCUUGGUAUUCACACCCAGACUCGUCCGGUUAUCAUUCAAGCUCUUUGGCAAUAUAUUAAAACCCACAAGCUUCAGGACCCCCAUGAACGUGAAUUUGUAGUCUGUGAUAAGUAUCUACAGCAGGUGAGACUUACUGGUUGAUAUCUUUAGGUUAACUUAUUGCAACUGAUGUUCCUCUCUAACUUCUGAGAAAUUAUUUCUAUUCAUUCCUACAGAUAUUUGAGUCUCAGAGAAUGAAAUUUUCAGAAAUUCCUCAGCGACUCCAUGCCCUCCUCAUGCCUCCAGAACCGAUUAUAAUUAACCACGUCAUCAGGUAAAACAAAGCUUUAUACUUUUCAGAUAUCUUUAUGUAUGCUUAGUCUAAAAUAUCUAACCCUGGAUAAAUGUUUUAUAGUGUAGACCCCAAUGAUCAGAAGAAGACAGCCUGUUAUGAUAUUGACGUAGAAGUGGAUGACACGCUGAAAACACAGAUGAAUUCUUUCUUGCUUUCAACAUCCAGUCAACAGGAGAUUGCUGCCUUGGAUAACAAGGUAUGAAAAACCCACCGGAUGUUAAGUGCCCAUAUUAAGAUACAUUUCAUAAUACUUGUCAGAAUUAAGGAUCUGGAUAGCUUUGUUGCUCAAAGGUUCAAAAGAUUGUUGUGUAAGUGACCCCAUCCCCUAGACAGGAGUAGGCAAACUUUGGCACUCCAGAUUUUGUGGACUACCUCCCUCACAAUGUUCUUACAGCCAUAAUGCUGGCAACCGCAUAAUGGGAGAUGUAGUACUUACGAUAUUAUAUUAAGGGACCACUAUAGCGUUAGGAAUACAAAUAUGUAUUCCUAAUGCUAUAAACGGUGACUAGGGCCCCGUUCCGCAACAAAUAAAUGGUUAACCAUUUAUUUUCUUACCUUAAUCCAGCGCCGGGUUCCCUCUGCACUGUUGACCUCUCCUCCUCCAUCAACGACAGCUCCCAAGUGGAGCUGAAUGCGCACGUGCGGCCAGAGGCGCUCGUGCAUUUAAACCUGCCUAUAGGGAAGCAUUUCUCAAUGCUUUCCUAUAGGGAUCUUUUUUGACGCUGGAGGUUUGAGAGGACGUCCAACGUCAAGUGCGAUUUACUCCAGAUUAACCCUGCAGUGUAAACCUAGCCGUUUCUCUGCUAUGUUUUCAGCUGUGGGGUUAAAACUAGGGAGACCUGGCACCCAGACCACUUCAUUGAGCUGAAGUGGUCUGGGUGCCUAUAGUGGUCCUUUAAGUAAUUGCAUAAGCCAAACAAAUGAAGAAAAUUUACUUGCCUUUUAAUGUUCCUGUACAGGCGAGCAGUAAUUAAUUCUGGACAUACCUUGAAGGAGCCUCUUUAUUAGGUGUUUGGGCUAUGAUACUAUGAUAUCCAGAAAGGAUUUGUGAGACCUUUAAAGGGACACUAUAGUCACCAGAACAACUACAGCUUAUAGCAUUUGUUCUGGUGAGUAGAAUCAUUACCUUCAGGCCUUUUGCUGUAAACACUGUCUUUUUCCGAGAAAAUGCAGUGUUAACAUUACAGCCUAGUGAUAACUUCACUGGCCACUCCUCAAAUGACUUAUUUGAACAGAGCCGCUGUCUCCUUGUCUCUGACAAAUAUUUGUUGUCAAACUUACCCAUUUAGAAUUGUAAUGUGUUAAUAGCAAUACGCAAAACAGUUUUAUUACUUGAUUCAGUUUUAAUAUAUUAGAGGUAUAAUUUUUUUUUAUUUUUUUUGCGUUAUGUAUAUUUUUGUACAGGCAAAGGAGAAGGCAGUGCUUCUUCCUCUGUUUUUGAGAAAUUGGCCAGGUUUAUACUGCAACGCUUUUCACAAACUGCAACAUUUCUAAACUAGGAGGCAUGUACAACGGACCUCCCUUCAUAAAAAUAUAUACUAGGUAUCAAUAUUUACAUCAAGUAGGUGUGUGGCUCUCCCAAAACAACCACUUGACAAACACUGGAUUAAUAAGAGGGAGCAAUGUAGGGUGACAGCAGAUCACAUAAACCCUAUACCCAAACUCUAAUCUUGCAUGACAUACACUUUGAACAGAUAAGCAAACCUCCUCAUAUGUCCAGGUGAGGACUGUUUGCUUGGGGUACCCAAGAAAAGCCUGGUUAUUUAUUUUUAUGUGAAGGUUAUUGUUUUGUGUCACUUAACUGUGUUCUAAUAAAGUACCUGUGAAAUUGGGGAUGGUUCAGUUUUAUGUCAGUGGAGGGAGACUAGGGCCACAUGUUGGAAGACUAGCUGGAAUCUGUGUGAGUCUGAAGGAGAAAGUGCCCCAAACAAAUCUUCCAGUGGAUGCUGCUUGGAAGGGUUAUUCACCAAAGUGAAAAUUUCAAGUGAAUUUAAAAUUUUACAGUCAAAAUAGCUGACCUGUAAAAACUCACUUUGAAUUUUUACUUUAGUGAAUAUUUCAUGGGACAAAGGAAAGUAUAAACAUUAACUAGCCACGUGUUUAGUCACAUGUUUUUCCAAGUACAAUAGCACUCAUUUAUCUCACUGCAUACAAAAAUGUAAUAUAUGCUUAAUUUCUUACUAUAGGCUGUGAUCACAGAGCAAUGGUGAUAACGUUUUCUGAGAUGUUUCAGAAUCACUCACUUAAACAGUGGAUCUUUUUAGUCCUUUAUUUGACUUUGAGGUUUUGUCCUUCUCCUAGAUACAUGAGACUAUAGAAACAAUUAAUCAGUUGAAGAUUCAGAGAGAAUUCAUGUUAAGUUUUGCCCGUGACCCUCAAGGAUUCAUUAACGAUUGGCUGCAGUCUCAGUGCCGUGACCUCAAGGUAAGAAACAGAAAACCCUUAUAUGGUGUUGCAGGAUUUGAUGGUUAAACAGUGAAGGCUGUUUUGAUGCCACCCUUGAAAGCAGAACUGUUACAUUUUGAGUUUUUUUUUUUUUUUUUUAUAUAUAUAUAUAUAUAAAGGUAGAAUAUUUAUGAACAAAUUAAACCCUUAUGCUGCAUAGGGUUUGUAAUAGAAAGUGCAACACAAUUAAAUACACAUGAGUCAUAAUGGGGACGAUUUUUGUUUUAUGUAAGUGUCCAAUUAUUGAAAUGUUACUGCAGUUCCUACACCCAUUGCUUCAGUGUGCCAUAACCCAUCUGCCAUUCCUUAUGACAGUUAAUGGAACAGGCACGCUUUUCUCCUGUUCAGUCAAUAAAUGAAUAUGUUCUCUUACUGCAUAUGACUGAGAGAAUGCAUCAAGGGUCAUGUGUAACUUAUUCCUGGUUUUCAAUCAAAUCCUGAAGGCACACCAAUAUUAUUUGUUAUUGGUAUUUAUUUAGCGCCAGCUUAUUCUGCAGCGCUUUACAAUAGAUUAGGUUCUGUCUGUAUUCCCAAUGGAACAUAAUUAGAGUGUCUAAUUUCUAGACUGUUGGUGUGCUUUUGUCUGGGAAGGAACCACUACCCGUAGACCUUUGUUUUGUUACUUUGAUAUUGUUCUUGCUAUUUAAAUCUGCUGGGGCUGAAGAGACUGACCACCUCCACCAUUUUGCAAGUAAACAUGUCUUUGAGGGGAGGGAGAAGUUUUUGCACAAAAAAGAAUUGCGUGUAUAAUGCCAAAUUAUAACUAUAAUCCCAUGUGUCUGGUGAUUAUGGGAGAGUUUGUUUCUAAUCUCUUGAAUUUUGACCAUUCAUUGACUGGAAGAAGUUAUUUGUUUUUCAUGCCAAUUUCUGUAUCUAUUUCCAGACUAUGACUGAUGUUGUGGGCAAUCCAGAAGAGGAGCGCCGAGCGGAGUUUUAUUUCCAGCCAUGGGCUCAAGAAGCUGUAUGUCGAUACUUCUACUCUAAGGUAGGAACGCACUGCGUUGUAAUUUCCAGAAAUGUUCACUGCGCCCCAUCUGCUUUUACGUAAUACUUUGGUUUUCUUUUCUCUGCAGGUGCAACAAAGACGACAGGAGCUGGAACAGGCUCUAGGAAUUCGAAACACAUAAGCCUUGACUUCUGCAAACUAGAUAUAUUAGCUGUUUGCUCCCCGUAGAUGUAUUUAACUUGAGUGUUUCUCUCCAGCAUUUCAGUAUCUUCUUGAGGCUUUCUGGGGAUGUGUUGUAAUCAGGGUCUGUACAACUGACUGCAGAGUGAUGAUACACUAAGUAUACUGUUCUUGCUGGUCAGAAGUAAUACAUUGCUGGCCUUAGCUAAAUGUUAUGAGGGCUAGACUUCAGUUAUACCCUCAUGAGUUAAAUAAAAUUUAGUGAUAUUUUUUUUUUCCUUUUUUUUUUUUUUUUUUUUUUUUUUUAUAUUGUUUUUCCCUCUUAAGUGUCAUAUUUUCUCUAGUUUUCUUUUCUGUAUGUUAGUAAGCUUUUUUUUUUUUAUUAUUAUUUUUCUCCCUCUGGGGCAAAUUAUAAUUCAGAAAGAAAUAAAGAAAACAAAAAUAUGAAUUUGCGUUGUGCAUUAAAAGUAUGCAUUAUUGGCCCGCUUAGAAAAAGCCUAAUGGGAAGUUGAAAAUAUUUUAAAAAUUAAAAAAAUAAAUAAAAUAAUAAAAGCACCACUGCAAAUGCACAAAGUGUGCAGUCUGUAGUCAUAACAAACUAUGCCCUGAUCACAUAGCAAAGAUCCGUGUAGACUGCCAUUGGUUUUUGUGGGUGGGAGGGAGGGGUGAAUAAGCUAUUUUUACCUCCUAUUUUCUCACAGUUCUAGCCAGUGGGGAAAUGAUCUAUGUAUUUUUUUUUUAUAUAUAUAAUAUCUAUUAGUGGAAAAGGUUACAUGUUUUGGCUGGGAAAAGUGGUCAAUAGAUUUCAAGAAUGAAGGACUCUUCUCUAAGCAUAAUUGAGUGUACAUUGAUAUAUUAUACAGCAUUUUCAUUCUGAGGAAUUGGCUCUUAACAUGCUGCUUCUGCUCUCUGGGGUGCGUAACCCUAGGAGCUUUCAAACUCCCUCACCGAAUGUGCUCGGAGCACCUCUAUUCUCAUAAAAUGUAGCCUUUUUUUAUUUUUAAACGAAUUAUGGUUUUUGAUGGACCAAAAUAUUGUUUUGUAUCUUGUAGUCAAUUGCCAAGUUUUAAUAAAAGCAAAUUGAGUAAAGCCAGCAUGUGUCUGUUGUACAGUGGGCAUGUAUAUAUUUCAUGCCAUGAAUAUCCAUUUAGAAAGAUUUGUUGGUAAGACUGUCAGUGUGGCACCUUGGCAGUAUGGCCUCGAUUACACUGUUGAAAGCUGAAAUUACUAACAAACAUGGAUUUAACUUUUUCUUUGUAACAAGGUUCCUUUCUUGAUCCUCCAUUUGCUCCUUAAUGCCCCAUUUGUGUGCAUUACAUUAUUAAAGGGAAACACCAGGCUGCAAGUGACUCCCAAGUUUUAAAGCUGUAUAAAAAUAACACAUUGAAAAUAUGCAACAAAGCGACUUUGUUUUAAGAGAUUAAAAGGGUGUAUUUUCAGCCAAGAUCUUGUGGGUUUUCAGUUUGCAUUUUCCCCCCCCUAAACUGAAG